AUGUUAGACUCCUACAGUGUGUCAGGCACAGUGUUAGGAGCUGGGGACUCCAGGGUCCAUUUCAUCCAAAACUUACAGUCUGAUAAGAAAAGGCAGAAAUUCAAGGAACACACAGUAUCCCUCUUAUGUCCAGGCCCAUUCACAAAGGCCGUCCCGUGUAAUAGUUCAUUUUGGCUUCCCAACAAGGCUGUAAGCCUCUCUUUGGGCCUGGUUCCUACAAUGCUGACACUCCAUCUUUCUGCUGCAGGAGAAGAAGUUUGCUAUGAAAGGGUGGGGUGCUUUAAAGAUGGUUUACCAUGGACGGGGACUUUGUCAAGACAGUUGGCAGGCUUACCCUGGUCUCCAGAAGAGAUAAACACUCGGUUUCUGCUCUACACGAGACAUAAUCCCAAAGCUUAUCAGGAGAUCAGUGCAGUUAAUUAUCGAACUAUCCAAGCCUCACACUUUGGUACAGACAAGAUGACCCGUAUCAACAUACCGGGAUGGAAAACAGAUGGAAAAUGGCAACAGGACAUGUGCAAUGUGCUUCUCAAAGUGGAAGACGUGAACUGCAUUAACAUCGACUGGAUUAACGGUUCACUGGAAUAUAUCCAUGCCGUCAACAAUCUCCGCGUUGCCGGUGCUGAGGUGGCGUAUUUUAUUGAUGUUCUCAUGAAAAAAUUUGGAUAUUCUCCUUCAAAAGUGCACUUGAUCGGCCACAGUGUGGGAGCACAUCUGGCGGGGGAAGCUGGGUCAAGGGUACCAGGCCUCGGAAGAAUAACUGGGUUGGACCCAGCCGGACCAUAUUUCCACAACACUCCAAAUGAAGUUAGGCUGGACCCCUCGGAUGCCAACUUUGUUGAUGUUAUUCAUACAAAUGCAGUUCGCUUACUCUUUGAGUUUGGUGCUGGAACUAUUAAUGCUUGUGGUCACCUUGACUUUUACCCAAAUGGAGGGAAGCAUAUGCCAGGAUGUGGAGACUUAAUUACACCUUUAUUUAACUUGGAUUUCAGUGCUUAUAAGAAAGAACUGGCUUCCUUCUUUGAAUGCAACCAUGCCCGAAGUCAUCGCUUUUAUAUUGAAAGCGUCCUCAAUCCUGAUGCAUUUAUUGCUUAUCCUUGUAGAUCUUACAAAUCUUUUAAAGCAGGAAAAUGCUUCCAUUGUCCCAAAGAAGGUUGCCCAACAAUGGGUCAUUUCGCUGAUAGAUUUCACCUCAAAAAUAUGCAGUCUAACAGAUCAUAUUACUUUUUAAACACGGGGACUCUUUCCCCAUUUGCCCGUUGGAGUCACAAAUUAUCUGUCAAACUCGACGGAAACAACGUCACCCAGGGGAGCGUGUUUCUCCGUGUAGGCGGAGUGACUGGAAAAACAGGGGCAUUUGUGAUAGCCAGUGGAACACUUAAGCCAGGCAUGACUUAUACAAAAUUAGUUGAUGCAGACGUUAAUGUUGGAAAUGUUACAAAUGUUGAGUUCCUUUGGAAGGAACAUUUGUUUGGACACUCUGAGAAUAAGUUGGGAGCAGAAAUGUUAAUAGAUGUAUCUGGGAAAUAUGGAUAUGCGUCUACGUUCUGUAGCCAGGACAUUAUGGGUCCCAAUGUUGUCCAGAUCCUGAAACCAUGCCAAUCUCAGAUACAGUCUUGAUGGAUGUCCUUAAUGGGAGCAGUGAAAGAAUGUCCUUCUAGUUGGUAUCUGAACCAAACUUGGUUUUUGUGAAUGAGGCAGAAAAGUACAAUUGUUGUUUUCUAUAUAGUAUGUUUUCUCAUUGACAAACUUUGUAAGUGCCUUGAAACAGACUGAAUCCUAGGACAGAGUAUGGUAAUCUGAAGGAAUCAGAGUACCAGUGACAAAAUAAAGCUGUGUGAGAAUUUCCCCUGAAUGAGAAGAGGAGAUGUCCAAGUCUGGUGGAAUAAAUUCACUGGGCAGAAGUGAGACUCUGGUUGAGUAUUUGAAGUACAUUUUGAGUAUUUCCAGGUCAAAUAAUCAUUGUUCUAAAAUGAUUUAAAGAAUGUUUGUUCUGUUGUUAAAUUGCUAAGACAAAUUGUGACUAGAGUUCAUGAUAUAUAGUGAUGAUAACCCUGUGGGUUGAUAUACUUAUGUAUUAAUAAUGAAAACCAAUGAGAGUACAUGAGUAUUUCCAAGUUGCUCCUUGGACUUCAGGUGUAUGUGAAGUAAAAGAGAUGUGGGGGUCUAUCUGUGAUGCGCCAGUUAGCAAUAGGCCCUGAGUAUCCUCAGCCCCUUCUCUAGAAGCCCCCAGCCAUGGGAGAUUACUCCUCUCUGGGCCUUGAAAGUUCCAUAGUAGAAAAUUUGCAUUUAGCCUGAAGGCAGCAUUUCAUUUGUAAAGCACUUGACUAUCCCUUUGUGUUUGCAAUAAUAAUACUGUAAUAUUUAAAUGUAUCAAUUUUUAAAAAGUUUUUUUGCUUCAAUCUUGUGUAAUUCAUUUGUCCUUAUCUGGUGCAAAUGAAAGCUGAACGUUAUUUGCUUUGUUUUCUAACGGGUUUAGUGGUUAGCCUGCCACCCUAUGCUGUAAAUGAUGUCAAAAAGAAAUGAUGACAGGUCCUCUGCAGAGGUUUUCUUGAUUCUCCUUGAUGCCUUGCUCCCAUGUGAACCUCAGAAGGGGCCCCUGGAUGUACUUAAACCUGCACUGCAGCAGAAAGCAGAGAACAAAGUGGGGCGGCUCUUUCCCAUUGUGCAAGGAAGAGCUAGUGGACUGAUUGGAGCGCAAGACUUGCUGGAAGGAGGGAAGGAGAGGCAGACACAUUUGGCACGAUCUGGUUGACUGUCUACUCGCUGGUGGGCGUGUCCACCCUAGGCAUCGGCCAGCACAGGGGCAGGGUGGCCAUGAGCAGCCCCACGGGAGAGUCUGAGCCCUCCUGAGUAACACUGUGGCUGACCCAGCACCCCAUGGCUCUGGGGACAGGAAACCUUCCUACUAAAGCGGCUGUCCUGAGCCUGCACUGUUCUCUGCUCAGCCUUUCUUUCUUUCAAAAAGGGCUUGGCCACCAGCAGCAAGAGUUAUGGGAUCAAGUCACAGCAUGAGGCUCUGUGAGUCCUGGCCUGCUUCCUUGCCCAAGAGGCCUCUUGGCUGCUUCUUUCUAAGCUUGAAAAGACAAAUGGGAGCCAAUUAACUUCUGGAAACCCUAUUUUAAUAAAGUACAAACUUUCCAUUC